AUGGAGAGCAGCAGCUUCCACACUCAGCUGCUGUCCGUCAUGGAGGUGCUGGCCAAGGCGGCGGUGGCGGAGAUUGACCGGCGUGUUGAUAUCAGCUGCUCGGUGCUGCAGCUGGAGGUGAGCCGCAGCCGGAGCGACAUAGACCUGCUGCAGAGGAAGUGUGAGCUGAUGGAGGCUGAGCUCAGGAGGAGCAGGAUCAGAGCCAGGAGGAGAGUGUUUCAUCCUCCAGCAGCAGAGAUAUUUUCUCCUUUAGUCAAAGUGGUUUUAAACAAAGAGAGGCCGAUCACAGCUUGGGACAGACAGGAGGACGGCGAGGCUCCAGCUCAACCCCAGCAGCGUGCAGACGAGGAGCCUGUUAACGAAGCUGAAGCCGUCCAGAUCAAAGAGGAGUGUGCAGACGAGGACAUGUGGAAGAACGACCCGGUGGACAAGUUGAUCUCUGGAGCCGAGCAGCCGCCACGCUUCGAAGCCUCUCAACCCUCCCAGACUGACAGCUUCGUGGAGCGUUACCACUCCUCUGAGAACGCAGCCGACACCGCAGCUCUGGUUUCCCCGGCGGACGGCUACGACACGUUCACUGAGCAGCAGCAGCAGCAGCAGCAUCAGCAGCUGGAGAACGAAGCUGAAGCCGAUCCUGAAGUGAAGCACGAGAAAGAGGAAGAGUCCGACGAGAAUGCAGCUCCUCCUCUCGAUUCGGGCCAGUUCGCCGUCGAUGAAGCCGACGCGCAGCUGUGGUCGACCGGCGAGGACGGAAACGCCGCGGCUGAUCCGAGCUUCUCGAGCUACGCCGAGCAGCAGUACGAGCAGAUCCCUCCUGGGUUCUCCUCUCUGAGCGGUUUGGUAGAUUUGGUACCCAGAAUUCACUCUGUGGGGAAGUCACACUCGGUCAUGGUGAGUGCGGCUCGAGCCAAAAGACGAGCCCGAUCGUUUUGUUUUAAGAGGCCGCAACUAGAUGAAGGACACGGUGCUUUAUGCCAGAUUAACUCCGCAGAUCAAAGCUCCAUCCCUCCACCAACACAGCAUCAGUACAGAGACUUAACAGCUCACACCAGGAGCCCCAACGAGGAUCUGAUGGUGCCGAAUCCCGCUGCGUCGGCUUCCUAUCGCAGCAGUAGCACUACCAGCGGCGGUGGUGGCGGCUUCGUCCUUUCGAGGAGAAUGAGGACGCCGUGGAGGUCCAGCAUCGUGGAGAAGAGGUUCAGCUGCACCUACUGCCACAAAAGCUUCAUGAGGUUCAGUCAGCUCAAAGAACACCUGAGGAGCCACACGGGAGAGAAGCCGUUCAGCUGCAUGCAGUGCGGGCGGAGCUUCACCAAGCAGUGCAACCUCAUCCGUCACGCGGUGGUGCACAGCGGGGAGAAACCGUACGAGUGCUCGCUGUGCGGGAAGUGUUUCACGCAACGCUCCAGCCUCAAAUCACAUCAGAAAACAGCACACUGA